AUGUCCACCAACCGCUACCUCGACUACCAGAAGGAGCGCAUGAGAUUUAUAAAGUUCAACCGCCUUGCUCAUCCUCCUAAGCUCACCAUCAACGACCUUCCGAACAUCUUCCUCGCAAACAUUCUCAGCCAUGCGCUUCCAGACCACCGCGACGGUUUCAUCCCCUGCAUCAUGAACACCGCCAAGAUGUUCAAGAAAACCUCCACUGCUCGUCCUUGCCCUAGAUACCUCACUGUCAACAAGAGGUUCUCUCGCAUUGGAAAGCAAGUCUGGUUGCAGACUGACUUUAGUCACGUCUACAUUAACUCCUGGGCCACGCUGCACAGGGGCUUGAUCGCCUCGGCCAGCGAGAUGUCUUUCGUCAUUCUGAGCCUGGAAAUCCGCCGUGGUGAUCGUGCUCUCAACCAGAAGCUCGUCCCAUCUGCUCUUGGUGCAAAGCUGCGUGAGCUUCUUCACGAGAUGAAGAAUUUGGAGGUGCUGAUGGUCAGAGUCUGGCACGGGAUCGGCAGCCUGGCUCCUGUCUCCGAGAUCAUCAUGAACAAUUUCUCUUCAGUUAGAGUCAAGCAGGCAGUCAACAUUGCCAGUAUUCUCUCGCUUGAGGGAGGAGUCGACCAUGAUAGAGGUUGCCCCGGCUUGCUGUCUAACUACUACAUCAAGCACUUCAUGUCGCACCUUCUCCGCCUACCCCUAAGGGAGAUCCCCAAGCCCACCACUGUAUAUCUCGAUGAAUCUGAGCCUCUGCUCAGGAUCCCCAUCUGGCGUGGUUGUGCUGCAACCCGCGAAAGCCACGAGGGCUCUUGGAUGCCUCCCAUCUUCGAGAAGCAGACCAAGGAGAAGCAGGAGGCUCGUACCACUGAAGAGGACGAGGCUUUGACUCAGCUGCUCAAGGAACGUAUGAAGAACGUCCCAUGGGUCAAGGAUGCUGUUCGUGCUCGUAAGAGACAGCAGAAGGCUCAGAAGAAGAAGAGUGCAGACGAAGAGAAGGGCGAGGAGAAGAAGGAAGUCAUGGGCGACGAGAAGGCCGAGGAGGUUUGA